AUGAAUCUUAGCAUGUCUUUGCUGUCAGUGCUCUGGGGAGACUCUGCAUUCUCUCCUCUCAGCUUUCUGGGGUCGAAUCAUCAGGAUGUCCUUCCAGUGCACCAUAAUGCAACCUCGCUAGCUAGCGAGGAUGACUUUCUGAGUGCCUUGCCUGUUGGAUUCGAGAAGGUCUCACUUUCUUAUGUGAAGGAUAAUCUUGCAGUCAUCCCCGGAGAAUGGGAAGCCGGUGACAUUAAUGCCCUUAAAAAGAUAAGAUUUACGGACUUUAUCGCAUGGGAUGCUUCAUUUUUCAGCAUUAUCGGAUCGGAUGCAAAGCUUGAAAAGAUUCAGUCCUUCGAGGGGCAGCCCCCUCGAGUACAUGAAGCGCCUGCAUUUGUCCCGGAGACCAAUGAACUUUUUUUUGCUGAUACAAGCGAGACAGGCUGGCUGUGGGCGAUCAACGUGGACACUCAUAAGGCGCGCAAGGUCGAGACAUCUCCACCUCUUCCCAAUGUGAAUGGAGGAAGGUACCACCAAGGACGAGUGUACCUGACCACAAACGGUGGUCCAGCCCGAGGUAUCUAUUCUGUUGACCCUCGCGACGGCACCGCCAUUCCGAUUGUGAACAACUUCCGCGGACGUCAUCUUAAUAGUCCCAAUGAUCUGGUCUUUGACUCAAACUCGAACAUCUGGUUCACUGACCCUCCUUAUGGCUGGUGCCAGGGAUUCCCGGGCGUGAAGUCCCCCGAGCUCCCCAAUGGCAUCUAUUUCUUCAACACAAAAACGAAAGCCCUUAUUUCUGUCUCAAACCCAGUCGUCACCACCCCAAAUGGCCUCGCAUUCUCUCCUGAUGGAUCGACUUUCUAUGUUGCCGACUCUAACUCAACCUCGGGCAAGCCCAUGAGCCAUUCUCCCUUCAGUUUGCGUAAUGUGUGGGCCUUUGAUGUCAAAGGCUCGAUUUUGAGCAACCCACGGCUGAUUUAUUCGAAUGAGGCUGGCUGGCCUGAUGGACUUCAAGUGACGCGCAAGGGAUACCUGAUGGUGGCAGCUUUGGGCGGGGUUGAUGUCGUUGAUCCUACAUCUGGGGCUCUUCUGGGCAAAAUCAACACCCCUAAUGAUAUCAUCUUCAAUUUGGAGAGAGGACCUCGUCAACGAGAUUAUGGAAUGUGGCUAUUAACGGGGCGGGACUUCAUUUACAAGGUCUUAAUCAAGGAGCAAUAG